AUGUUCGGACUAACUGUAGUCACGGUAUCAUUACUAGCGGUGGUUACCGCCUUAUCUGCUGAACCCUAUUCCCGACGAAUAGUUAACGGAGAGACAGCUGCCGAGGGGCAAUUUCCCUAUCAAGUGCUUCUUAAGAUUCAGUUACCACAGGGGCGAGCUCUGUGCGGCGGUAGUCUGCUGAGUGACCAAUGGGUUUUAACCGCAGGACACUGUGUUCAGGGUGCGAGUUCGUUCGAGGUUUCACUGGGAGCACUUGAUUUGGCCGACAAUGGAAACGAUGGCCGUGUGGUGAUAACGGCAACGGAGUACAUUCGUCAUGAGAAAUAUAAUCCACUGUUUGCCGCCAACGACGUUGCUGUUAUUAAGUUGCCCACGCCGGUUGUGUUCAAUGACAGAAUUCAACCGGUUAAGCUACCCACAAGUAGCGAUAAUUACGCUGACCAGAAGGUUGUUGUCAGUGGAUGGGGAAUACAGAAAAAUGGUGGAAACGUUGCUGAGAGGCUGCAAUUUGCUAUCCUGAAGGUGAUCACCAAUGGCCAGUGUAUGAGAACGUUCAGCCCGCUGGUGAUUAAGAAGACUACACUCUGUGCUCAAGGGGAGGCAAAACAGUCGCCAUGUAAUGGGGAUUCCGGCGGUCCUUUGGUGCUGGAAGGGGGAAACGAACUGGUAGGAGUGGUUAGCUUUGGACAUGCCACUGGCUGCGAACGUGGAUUUCCGGGCGCAUUUGCUCGUAUAACGUCCUUCACUGAGUGGAUCAAGAAGAAAACGGGAAUUUAA